UAAAACCAUUGCGACACCUGACAAGAUGGCGGCCUCCAUGGUUGUUGUCUCCCGCAGGGUUUGGGACGGCUGCCGCCGCGGGCAAAGAGUGCUUCGCCUCCUUCGGGGCCUGUGCAGCGGGGGACAGCGCCCGGCCACCGACGGAGAGACACAUUUCGGGUUCCAGACCGUGUCUGAGUCGGAGAAAAGCGAGAAGGUUUACCAAGUUUUUGAAAAUGUGGCUAAGAAGUAUGAUUUAAUGAAUGAUUCAAUGAGUCUGGGAAUCCAUCGUCUUUGGAAGGACAACCUGCUGCAUCAAAUGAACCCUUACCCUGGAAGCCAGUUGCUUGAUGUUGCUGGAGGGACAGGAGACAUCGCCUUUCGGUUUAUCAAUUACGUGCGUUCCCAGCGGGAGCGACGAGUCCAGCAGCAGCUGAGAUCCCAUCAGAAUUUAUCGUAUGAGGAGAUUACCAAGCUUUACCAUGAAGAGGAGCAUCAGUCCCUGGGAGGAUCCCACGUGGUGGUUUGUGACAUUAACAAGGAGAUGCUGAAGGUUGGGAAGAAGAAAUCACAACGCCUUGGUUAUUCUCAAGGAUUAUCCUGGGUGCUUGGAGAUGCUGAAGAGUUGCCCUUCAACAAUGACAGUUUCGACAUAUACACAAUUGCCUUUGGUAUCCGGAAUGUCACUCAUAUAGACCAGGCUCUUCAGGAGGCAUAUCGAGUCCUGAAACCAGGAGGGAGAUUCCUCUGCCUAGAAUUCAGUCAUGUGAACAACUCCUUCAUUUCCAGUUUGUAUGAUCUGUAUAGCUUCCAGGUUAUCCCUGUGCUGGGCGAGGUUAUUGCUGGUGACUGGAAAUCCUACCAGUAUCUCGUAGAAAGCAUCAGGCGCUUUCCGUCCCAGGUAGAAUUCAAGGAGAUGAUUGAAGAUGCAGGCUUUCUGAAGGUGGACUAUCAGAACCUGGGUUCAGGCAUUGUGGCUAUUCACUCUGGCUUCAAGUUAUGACUUUCGUCUUAUAGUGUACAAGUUUCAAAAUGAAAGGGUGGACUGAACUCUGAUGGCCAAAUUCAAAUGGCUAGGCCUUGCAACACACUUGGCAUCAUGCCAUCAAAGCACACUAAUCCCUUGGGGAAUUAUAUUUCAGUUAUCAGUCAGCUGCUGUAUUCUGCUGCUGUAGUCAUGUGACAGCUGGGUAAGCAUCUGCCUCAUCUUGCUAUGGAACAACACAUGAACCACUGGAAGAUGCGACUUUUAUUUCAGUGAGAAUUUUUUAAAAAAUAUGAUGGGUUUAGGCAGUUCUGUUCAUGAGGGCAGCUGCAUUUUAAGACUCAAGUAAUUUCAAUCAUGUCAACCACCUUUUGUGUAGCCAUGUGUGGCACCCACUAGCCUCAAAAAAAGGGUGUGCACUUACUGGGUAAAAGUCAGUGAAGCACCAGUCUGUCAUCAGAGGUGCCAGUUGUGAGAUUUCUUGCUGUAUUUAUUAAAUAUAUAUCUAAAUUUUCAAAUUUCUUUAAUUGAAAUAAGACUUGUAGUUUGUUUGAACCUCAAAAUGGAUGUAGCCUCUGUGUAGAGGACAACCAAUGGUACAUACCCUAAUUAUGCUAGCUCUAUUCUUCACAAAUUCUUAAUCCAAGAUGGAGGUCCUCAUCUACAAACUCUAUUAUUAUUUCUUGAAUUUAUAUACUGCCCUAUACCCAGAGGUUUAUGGCAACACACUCAUAAUCCUCAUCUCCUGCUGUAAUGUAAGCAUGUGUAACUACAGUAACGACCAUGUUAUUUCUUCUCAAGAAAACUCUACCAUAUGAGGUUAUGGAGCUGCCCCCCCCAUCCUUUAAAUAGUAGCAUCAUGUAUGUGGUACUGCAUGAUUACAAUAUAUUCAUGUGAGGAGUUACAUAAAUAUUGUUCCCGUGUGUGAAGAAAGCUUGGGCACUGCCAUUCUUGGUGUAGUGCUGCAUCUCCUGAACCCAAGCCCCUGGAUACUGUUGAGUGGCAGUAGGUCUUCAUGGACUGCCUGCCCUUCAUAAUCACCACUUUAGGCAGGAUUGAAUAUCUACAUUAGAAAGAAGAGUAACUAGCACAGAGGAGGAGCAAGCAUUUGCACAAACUACAUAUUUAAAGUUUGAUGAAGAUGCAAAUUGGGUCUCUGUACUACACCCUACAGUGAAAGCUAGAUAGCUCAGUUGGUUAGAGCAUGAUGCUGAUAAAGCCAAGGUUGCAGGUUCAAUCACCAUAUAGGACAGCUGCAUAUUCCUGCAUUGCAAGGGUUGCACUAGAAUCCUCAGGCAUGUCCAACAGGUAGAUCGUGAUCUACCGGUAGAUCAUUGGACGUCUGCAGUAGAUCACUGGUAGAUCAUUGUCUCCCCACAAAGAAGCUGAACAACUGUGGCUCCCCUAAAAAAAGCUCUAAAUUUUACCUCCUCCCUGAAAAAACACAACAACUUUGGCCUGAAACCCCCCCCCCAAAAUGGGCCUUCCUCCUUCCUCAAAAAAGCUCAACAACUUUUGACCUGAACCCAAAAAAGUGGGUAGAUCACUGCCAGUUUUUAACUCUGAGUAGAUUGCAGUCUCUUGGGAGUUGGCCACCCCUGGACUAAAUGAUUCUCAGGGUCCCUUCCAACUCAACUCUGCAAUUCUAUGAUUUUCUGGGCUGGCCUUUACUUCAACACCAAAAUAUGCAAAUAAUGUUCUAGUCUGGAUGCUAUUGACCUCCUAUCUACCCCCCUAAAAAGAGCAGGAGAGGAACUUGCAGGACUACCAUCAGGUGAUAUAUUUGCAAUGAAAAGUAGUAGCAGCCACUGCAAAAAAUUCUUAACUACCAAAGAACUACCAACUCAUUACAAAUUAAUGUUGCAUUCUCCAAAGUUGCAAACAUUUUCAAAUGAAAUGUUGAGCAUGCACUCCAGUGUACAAAACAGUAGGUCUUUGUAAAAUGCUUGGUUUGGAUUGUGGGAAAAGGAGAUCUGACAUAUCAGUGAAACAAGCAGGAGCUGCACAUCCUGCUAAGCUAGGUGACAUUCUUUUUCCAAGCAGUGGUAUGUUUUAUUCUUUGGGCUUUAGACAGGCAUUCUACCACUGUUCCUUACAUCAAGAUGCCCUAUCAAAAAUGAGAUGCCAAAAAAAACAGGGCAUGUAUGCUACUGGGAACAAGUAUUGUACGUAAAUGCUUUUGAUUACAUUAGGCUAGAAUGUUAUGUAUUAAAAUAUUCCAUAUUGGAAUUUAAAUAACCAGGCAUCACUAAACAUUUUUAGAGGCGACAAUAAGUCUGGCACAUAUUUCUAACUAAAGAAUCACACUGACCAGAAUGUAAUUUAAGUUCAGUUGUUCCUUUUGUGCACUGCAUUAAUCAUCAAAACAUGCAUACUGGUAAGUAAAGAUCAUCCUUAGAUACAUCUUUGCAGGCAUUAGAUACACCCUAGAUUGCAGUUCAUGCAAAAUUACUUGUAAAGACAAUGAACACACUGGGAUCCCUUCCAAUUUAUGCAUAAACUUGUGCAACCUUGUACAUACUUGCUUGAAAGUCCCACUGGAUGAGUCAGUUAUGUCAUUUUACAAGUAAAUAUGCUUAAGAAUCAGAUGCAAUACAGGGAAUAGUUUACAGGUCCUAUUGGCUCCAAUGCUAGCGCUGUUUUGCCAAAGGCAAAUCCAGUUCAUUCAGUAGACUUAGAAAACUAUGGCUCUCCAGAUGUUUUUGGAUUUGAACUCACACCAGUCUCAAGCAACAUGGCUAAUGGGUAAUGGGGGUUGUAAUCUUAAACAUCCAGAAGGCCACAAGUUAGUCACCCCUGAUUUAGGCAAUUAAUUUGCUAUUUCAAGUCUGCAGUGCAAAGCUGGUAGUCGUAGGAGAGUUGGCCAAAUAUGGAAGUAUUAGAACAAGCUCUUAAAGAUUGAAUGUAUGCCCAAAUGUUUUAUUAGAAAAUUAGGACUUGUGGGUUGCUUUUUGUAAAGAAAAUACAUACAAGAUUACUUUUUUGCUAUUUUUUUAUGGCCACAACAAAAACACAAAAUGGUACAGAGGAGUACCUGUCCAUUAAAACAACAAAAGGCUUGAAGAUCAAGGUAUGUUCCCUGGGGAAGGCUGAAGACUUCAGUCUAUUUGGAAUUAGCGUGCAGUCCUGUAACCAAA